AAAUAUAUAGAUUUUCAAAAUGCAUAAUUUAUUCUAUUGCAUGUCUUUUUUAUUGUUUUACGCAAAUUAAUAUCUAUUUUGUAAUUUUUCUGUUAUGGAUGCUACAUGUGAAUAAUGUGCUGAUGAUUUUAAAAAUAAUUUUUUGGUAUUGUUAUGUUUAUUUCGUAUUUAUUGUUAUGUUUAUUUUUUCUAAAUUUAUUAUUUUGCUGCUGAAUCGCAGAUAUUCUGGGCAAAUCAUGAAGAAAUCAUAUAGAUGACUAAAGUGAAGGUUUUAUACAAAUUCAAUAAAGACAUAGAGUAAGUAGCAUUAAUAAAUAGCAUUUUAACAUCUAUAGGUUAGUACAUGUUUCUUUUGUUUUUUGCAUAAAUAUUUUUGAUUACAUUUUUCAUUUUUUUUAUCAUUAAUUAAUAAUAUUUUUGAAAUAAUGUGAUUAACAUUAUAUGAAAAUAUAUGAAGUCUUUAAUGAUAGUACGAUGAUGCUUAUUUAGAUUAUUUAUGGCACAUAUGCUUAUAUUACUUCUAUGAAUUUUAAUUCAUGUGUGUUAAUAUUAAUAUUAUUAAAACUUAUUAAACUAAACUUAUUUUCAGUUAUACUUAAAUAUAUUUUGUACUUAAGAAAGAAUUCAUAACAUAUUUAACACACUAUAUUUAAAUAAUAAAAGACACCGUGCAAAACUUAUGAAAAAACAGGAUCUGUCAAUUUCACUUAUCUUGCAAUAUAAUAUUCCUUAGAUCAUGCCGAUCAAAAGUGUCAAUGUGUACAAGUCCCAAAAACCAAAAGUUUUUGAGAUACAGAACGUCGACUAUAUCCGAAUAUAGCCAUGUGCAGACUCCGCUUAUUUUACUGCAUGUUUUACUUAUUCUACGUUUAACAUCUAUUUCGUGUCUACAUGUUGUAUUUUACUUUCUUAUUUAUUUCUUCUCUAUGACAUACUCCGCAAAUGUAAUAUAAUUUAAAAUUUUUCAUUCUGUAACAAGUCUGCUAUUAGGGUGCCUGAAAUCAAUACGCAGAUAGAAUGUAUGGUACUAUUCAAUAACAUAUAAAAUGAAUUUGCUAAUGAAUAAAUUAUUUUUAGGCUGAAGAAACGUAAUAUAGUUGAAUUACCUACAUUAAAAUUCAUAAUAAAAUAGUCGACUAUUUAUAUAUUCUUUUUUUCUUAUAUAGUGUAUUUGUAAUUAACAAUAAUAUUAUUUAGAAAAUGUUAGCAUAUGAAAGUUGUGUUUCAGAGAUCAAUAAUAUCAAUACAGCAGAAAUGUAUUUAUAGAAUCAAUAAUUCAAAACCGACAUUAUGAUAAUAGUGUAAUAAUAUAGGCUAUAGAAUCUCUUAGAAGAAAUAUAGUAUGGCAUAAAUAUUCCGUGCGUGUCAGUCGUUUAAAAAAUGUUUUACUUGUCGUUUCUCAGAUUAUUUUAAAGAUGGUUGUAGCUCUAGGAGGAUUGAUAUAAAUAAAACUUUUGGGCAAAUUAUUUUGUAAAUAAUUUUACAAGCAUUUUGCAAAUAAUUUUAUCUGUACUAUUAAUUGUACAAAUACAGAGAAAAAAUUUAGGUGAAGUUCAGAUAUAAAUAAGAGAUAUAACGUGAAAUUAACGAUGCACGUCUUGCAAUUAACUUUUAAGAUUUUAACAAUUGUUGGAUGUUGGCGACCAAAAUCAUGCUCGUCAUUUUAUUUACGUUUCAUGUAUGAUGCAUAUACAGUUUUUAUGAUUAUAUUAUUAUACACAUUUUUGGUAUCGCAAUUUUUGGACAUUAUUUGGAAUGUCGACAAUGCUGAAGAUUUUACGGAAAAUUUCUACGCCACCUUGGCAUCGGUUGUUUCGUGCUCUAAAAUGCUUAGCUUAUUAGUAAAUCGAAAGAAUAUUAAUAAGUUAACCAACGUAUUUCUCGAGAGGCCGUACAGACCGUCGGAGACGGACGAAAUGAAGAUUCGAUAUAAAUUUGAUAGACACACGUACCUGACGGCUGGAUCGCUGGUCAAUGUGGCUUGUGACAGUCUUAUUUGCGGACUGUUGGCACACAUUUGCUGUCAGAUCGAGAUUUUAGAAUGCCGACUGAGUAAAAUAUCGAAUCAUGAUACUCUUCGCGACUGUUGUGACAUAUAUAGGUAUGCACUUCGAUUAAACAAUAAAUUCAAAAUGACUAUCGCUAUGCAAUUUGUAGUGAGUACGUUAGUGGUAUGUUCUAAUUUGUAUCAAAUGACUAAAUCAACGAAUAUAAAUGCAAGUUAUCUUCCCUUAUUAUUAUAUAUGUCCUGUAUGUUGACACAAAUUUUUAUCUAUUGUUGGUACGGAAAUGAAGUGAAGUUAAAGAGUACUCAACUGCUCAACAACGUUUUUGCAAUGGAUUGGGUAACAAUGAAUAAAAAUUUUAAAAAAAGUUUAAUAAUAAUUAUGAAUCGUGCAAUAGUACCUAUAGAAUUUACCAGCGCUUAUGUUCUGUCAAUGAAUCUCGAUUCUUUUGUUGGGGUUAGUAAAAAAAUUAAUCUGCAAAAGAAGAAUUAAUUUCUUAAUUUAUUAUUGACGCAAGUGAUAAUCAAUUUUUAUUUCUGAUUGAAGUACAUUGUGUUUAAUUCUAAAAAAUAAUAAAAACUAUUUAUAAAGAAAUUAAUUUAAAAAUAAUAGAAAAUAGCACUAACUAUUAUAUAAUAUAAUAGUAACGUUUAGCAAAUAUGUUUGACAAAUUCCAUACAGCAUCGAAAGAUUGCAACAAAUAUUUCACUGCAAGAUUGCAAUAUUGCAAAUGCAUUGCAAAAUCUUGCAAUGCAAAACAACAAUAUUAUAUUAUAAUAUGUUUGGCAAUUUUAUAAAUAUUUGAGAUUCUAUUAUGUUAAUACAUUUUGGUACAUUUUAGUACAUAUUACAACAAAAAUGUUCUAAAUUAACAAAUAUGUUCUUAAAUGAAUUUUUACAUAGUAAGAUUAAGAAAAUUAUUCUUAAAAUAUUUAUUAUAUGUAUAUGUAUACAUACAUAACAGAUAUGUAUGUACAUAUAUGUGUAUAUACUUUUGUCUUUAAAAUCAAUUGUAAAAACUUGCGGCUUGAAAUAAUUUUUUUAUUUAAAGUGACUGAAAGAUUUUACAAUAUCUGGUGUGGUAUCUUUUCUCUUUUAUGUGAUACUUUAAUCACAACAAGUAAAAUUUUGCCGCAUUUAUCUGAUGGCGUGUAAUGCUGGCUUGCGACGGGAGAAACAUAAGAUGCAACAUUGGAUUGUAGUAUACAGUAUUUGAAGAUUGUUGUAAUUGUCUGUGCUGUAUAGAAUGUAAAAGAUAAGAGAGUAUUUUAAAAUAAAUUAUAAAAUUUAAAUAUAUAUAUUUGUUGCAGUUACUUAAGACAUCGUAUUCAGCUUAUAACAUACUAAAACAAGUGUAGGAGUCAUGAGUAAAAAAUAGAAAUAAAAUUGACAUUAUUAAAAUGUUUUCCAGCAUACAAUUUUAUUGAUAGAUAUUUGUAGAAAUUUGCAUUAUAGCUAAUGUUAUAUGUCUGUGGACAAAUAAAUGGCAAUUACUUAUAAUAUGUGUUAUUAUAAUAUAUUUAAUAAAUUGUUAUCUAAUAUAUUGGGAAAAGUAGAGAUUUAAAAAUAGGCAUAUUUUAACACAUAAGAUGACAGUUUUAAUUAUUUAUUACUUAUUAAAAUAAUUUUUAUUAAUUUAUGUAAAUUUAACAAACAUUUUAAAAAGUU